AAACGGACCUAGUGCCGGAUGUUGCCGUGCCGUCAAGAAGGGUGGCCUCUGACGUGUAGGCGGGCGGCGCGCACGCGCACAGAGCAAGAGCCACGCCAGCUUAGGGAGCUUCAGAGUGUGAUGCGGUGACGCCUCUAUAGAAUUAUGGCAGCGGCUGACGAACUGGCCUUCCAUGAGUUCGAGGAAGCCACAAAUCUUCUGGCAGAGACCCCAGAUGCAGCUACCACUAGCCAAAGUGAUGAGCUGACCUCCCGAGAGCACGUGGCUGUGGUUGUGGGUUCAGGCAUUGGCUAUAGAGCUGAAGUAGGAGAGGAAGAGGAUGACAAGACAUCACUUCUACAGGAAGAGAAGCCACAACCCAGAUUUUGGACAUUUGACUACUAUCAGAACUUUUUUGAUGUGAACACCUCCCAGGUCUUGGACAGGAUCAAAGGCUCCCUGCUGCCUCACCCUGGCUACAACUUUGUGCGGCACCAUCUUAGAAAUCGUCCGGAUCUAUAUGGCCCCUUCUGGAUCUGUGCUACUCUGGCCUUUGUCCUGGCGGUUACUGGCAAUCUCACUUUGGUGCUUGCACAGAGACGGGACCCCUCCAUUCACUACAGCCCCCAGUUCCACAAGGGUAAGCAGAGUGGGUGGGCUCAGCUCCUGGAUGCCAGGGUUCAAGGGUAUGCAGUAACUGCCCACAUUGCAUCCCUAGUGACUAUAGCAGGUAUCACCAUCUACUGCUAUGCGUGGCUAGUGCCGCUGGCACUGUGGGGCUUCCUCCGGUGGCGCCAGGGCACGAGGGAGCGCAUGGGGCUGUACACCUUCCUGGAGACUGUCUGUGUCUAUGGCUACUCACUCUUUGUCUUCAUCCCUACUGUGGUGAGACUGGCUUGGCCCUUGGGGACUGCUGGGAGCUACAUGGCUCACCAGUAUGGUCACCAGCUGUACUUGUCACAUCAGGUCCUGUGGCUUAUCCCCGUGCAGUGGCUGCAGUGGCUCUUUGGAGCCCUGGCCCUGGCCCUGUCAGCUGCUGGGUUGGUAUUCACACUGUGGCCUGUUGUCCGAGAGGAUACACGGCUGGUGGCUGCGGCACUAUUGUCUAUUGUGGUGCUGCUUCACACCCUCUUGGCGCUAGGCUGUAAGCUCUACUUCUUCCAGCCACUGCCUCUGGACCAUGUGGUACCAGCUCCCCAAGCCACACCUCCAUCUCAUAAUGUCCUGCUGCCCAGUUCAAUCCAGCCCAUGACAACCUUCUAGGAAGGCCCACAGGCCAAACUCAAGGGGGAUACUACUUGUCCUGCCCUCCGUAUGAAGAUUGGAGGAUCUUGGACCCUGGAGACUACCCUACUGUUUUGCAGGCUUUUCUUAAAAAGCAAACACUUUUAUUUUCUAUGCAAAGGUGAUCCAGAGAAUUUAUAUAAAGGUGGGGAGGGGCAGCCGAGCAGGGAGUAUUACUGUUGGACAGGAGAGAGCCUGGUUCCCAGCUGCCUGAGGGCCCUCUGAUUCCCUGACAGGUCAGGAGAGUGGCACAGAGCAGCUCUUGCCUUUGCCAAGGGGUUCUUGUGGUGGGCAAAAGCCCAGCCUGAGCUGUGGCCAUUGAGGUGAGGACUCUAGGGCAAGGGAACAGGGGAAACUGCCUGUGCUUAUUAGUCACCCUUCCUUGUUUGCUUUUCUUUUUGUCUGGGGGGAGGUCCCUGCUAGGCCCCUUCCCAGGGAUGCUGUCUUGAGAGAAGUAAGUGGAACAUGAAUGUUAGCUAUCAGGAGAGGAUGCCUUCCUUGUGUGACAGAUCUUUGAGGUUUCUUGUCUGCCCCACUAGCCCAGGGUGACUCGCUUUGGGCUGCCUGUUCCAGCUUUUGAUGGAGGGCUUCAGGGCUCAGGACAGGACAGUAGCAGAAAGCAGGGGCUAGGCCUUUGGACAGCUGGGUAGUUUGUACAUUCAAGUUUGAGGUGAACCCUUUGGUGGGAGGGGGCUGUGCCCGCCCUAAAGGCUUGGCAGGGCCACCCCUCACCUAGAACCUCUGGGCCUAGGGACAGGGGCUGCUGGCUUGGCCCGGCCAGCCGGGUUUCUCAGAGGGUCUGUGGGUUGACACUGGUUCUUUUCGUAAAAAAAUAAAAUUAAAAAAAG